AUGUACUUUCUCGGGCCACAGAACUGCGUCCUUUCCAUAGUCGAAGGAAGAUCCGACGAUGGCACCUUUGAAGUACUUAACCAGCUCAGCGCUAGCAUGGCGCUCCUUGGAAUUAGAUACCACUUCAAAUCGAGCGACAUCAACCCUUUGGCCAAAGGAGGAGACCGUAUCGAAGGCCUUGCAAAGCUCCGCAACCUAGCCGUGAGAGACCUUAUCGCACAUCCGGAGCAUUACGACGAGGACACCACGGUGAUUUUUUCCAACGACAUAAGUUUGUGUAUGGAAGACAUCCUGGAAAUAAUACAUCAGCGGAAGUUCCAGGGAGCCGAUCAGACAUGUGCCAUGGACUGGACAUACGUUGGUGACAACCCGACUUUCUAUGACGUUUGGGUGUUCGCAUGCUGGAACGGCAUAACAGCCUUCACCGCGAAACCGCUCAUGGAGAAGAAGAUCAAGUUUCGGGCGCAUAAGGAGGGCGAGUGUUUCCAAGGCGAGCCGAAGUUGUUCGCCAAGGACAUGUGGUUCAACGGCUAUGGCAAGAUUGCUGUAGUACCAAGCGUUAAUGUCGAGUACAGGCUAUACAUCUAA